AUGUGUCUCUGUCCUGGUUGCUUUUGCCCGCCGGCCGCCAAGCGGCUGCGCCACAACACGCGGCCAUGGACGGACCCGCUGCUGCUGACCAACCUCGUGUACGUUGCGGCCGCCGUCGUCUCGUACGCCGUGGGGCAGUAUACGUGCGGCCUCCUGCAGCUCGGGUCCUCGAUCGCGUCGACCAUGUUUCACCGAUCGCGCGAAACCAAGUACCUCCCGCUGGACGCCAUCAUUUCGGGCACGCUCGGCAUCAUUGCAGCGUAUGUCGUCCUCGAUGCCAUCGAAAACGAACUUCAUCAUGUGCUGGGGCUCAAGCUGCUGCACGGCGCGGGCUGCGCGUUUACGUGGAUCUACUGCGGCAUGCCUGGCGGCGCACGCUACGAGACGUGGCACAAGCGCUGGCACUACGUCUCGGGCUACACGACGCUGUCGUGCUCGCUCCUCAUGAGCGUGUACCACCCCGACUUUGACGCGAUCGUGCUCAAGUGGCUCUUCCCGAAUGGCGCGCCGCUCAACCUUGGCAUGUAA